CGGGGCAACAGCUUCACACGCCCCGCCCACAGCCCGCAGCGUGUCUGCGUCUGAGCGAGCAACAUGAAACAUGGAUGAGGAGGUCGCCGAAAGUUGGGAAGAAGCGGCUGAUAGUGGGGAAAUGGAAAGACGGUUAGAGGAGAAGCUCAGGAUCGCCCAGAGAGAAAAGGAGUCCAGUAUCGGUUCAACGAGGUCUCCUCUGCGGGCUGCAAUGGUGAUACAGGAUGAAUCUCAGCCAUCAGCCCCCCCUCCUCAGAUUCGCAUCUUGAAAAGACCCACAAACAAUGGGACGAUAGGCUCCCCCCUGAACCAGAGCCGGCCCACUCCACAGGUGAAGUCCCUGGCUCAGCGCGAGGCUGAGUAUGCAGAGGCCCGCAAGAGAAUACUGGGAAGUGCCUGCCCCGAAGACCCCCCUCAGGACAAGGCCAGCACUGACCGCAAAUCGGGGCGCAAUAAUAACUCAACACUGCCUUCAGAGGACUCCCGAUCAAACAACCACACAGUGCGCCAGCCAGUUGGUCCGGAUGGCACCCAGGGUUUCAGGCAGCACAGAUAAACGGGCCACAGGAGCUGUUCAGCGGAGGGGGGAGAUCCACCCCAAAGACUGUGUACUUCCUCCUCUGAACAGCAGGGGGAGCCGUCCUCUUCUUCCCCAUUUCCAGUCUGUGAACACUGUGAUGAGGACUCACUGUGAUGAUGAUCCCUUUAAGAAGUGCCCCUGGCGCCUUCAGGCACCCUCCAAACGACAAGCAAGACUUUUAAAGUAAAUUGGACGUGGGCUGGGCGGGUGCUUGACAGCAAUAAUCUCACAUCACUUCUCACCGUUUUGUUUCUUUUCUCUACUAGGGAUGCACUGAUACAUGGAUUUUAAUUUGCAAUAGCAGAAUGGGUCAAUGUAACAGAUUCAAGUAACAAAUGCCUUCUACACUAUGCUUUGUAGUCUUAAUUGAUUCCAAAGUUUCUUUUCAGCCCCACAUGGCUUAAAGGAUUUUGUUUCUCCAAAAACUAUUUAGUGGAACUCCAAAUGUUGUUUUUGCAUGUUUUUCUAAUACUGUGCACUUUUGAACAGUAUUUAUUCUAGUAAGACUGUGUGAUAUUAGCAAAACAUGUGAACUUUUAGAAUAUUGUACAUCUUUAUAAAGCAAGGCCAUGGGGUUAUAACUGAAGAGCUUAUGGUCAUUCUUAAACUCAGAUUUCUUUGCAAAUGUUGUCAGUGUAUCUCUAGCAAUGCCAUUUUUAAUCAAAGGUGAUGGUUGUGUGUCAAGUUGUAAGUAAUGUUGACUUUUGUUUACGUUGUUUUUUUAAAGCUUUUUUUAGCCGUGUUGCCCAGAUUUUUAAUUUCUAUUUAAAGUCAAAAUUGACAUUUAGAUGGAUUUUUGAAUGGCUUUUGCUUUUUGUAUGAAUGAUGUUGUUUUAAUCCAAAAUCAUUUUAAAUGUACAUUCAGCCUCUGUGGGUUGAAUCAGAUUGAAAGGUGGCUUUAGGGUCAGGAAUGAAUUUGUGUCUUCAUAUUUUUGUUGCAAUAAACAUCACACCUGUCAUUUAUGUACGUAGGAUCUCAGGCACAAGUGAUUGAAUGAAUGAACAAAGAUUGUAUUUUUGAACGCCUAAAAAGCCAAUGGAAAGCUUGGCCCCGGCUGUAUCCCUUCUCCACCAAACCAUGUACCUGUAUCCAUAUUGGAAUGUGGUUCACUUAUGCACCUGGCAUUUAGUUCAGUGUAGAAUCUUAAAGCCAUACUGAGUGGUGCACAUUGUCAGUAGAAAACAAUUGUGAUGGUUGACUUAAGCUUGUGCCUCCUGUGUCACACCUACUUACUGGUGUUUAAUUUUGCUGUAGUUGUUUAAAAUCAGAUCUCAGAAUAAUACUGGCAAUUUUCAGUUUAGGAAAUCCAGCAGCAGGAUACGAGCUCUGAGUGAAAACACAAACUGCCUGUACAUAAUGAUUUAAUAAAAUAAUUUGCAACAG